AAGCGUAUGUAACAUUAUAGUUGAUGGGUUAAAAUGUUGAGUUAUGGCUGUGUCUCCGGGCAGUUUUCGAGAAUAACUAGCCACACGUACAUUAAGAAUCUCUCGAAGCCUUUAAAAGCCUAUGAUUUUGUUAAUAUAAAUUACCUAAAGUACAGCAAUAAAGGUGAUAAAAGUAAACCUGGAGUAACUGCUUCUGUUGAGGAAUGUGUUCCAAAAGCAAAUAAAAUUAAAAAUGUUACUCCGUUGCCAACAUUGUCAGCAUCAAAUCCAUUACAGGGAUCUUCACCACCUUUAUAUUCAGAAACAACACAAUCUAAGAACCAUUCUCGACCAUUAUGCGAAGACAAACCAUGUCCUCCAUUACCUGAGUUUCCUCCAAUAUGCGAAAAAAAUAAAUGUGACGAUUCAGGAGGCAAAGGUUUUUGGCAAAGGUGUUGGGCGACUUGGUAUAUAUGGGUACCUGCAUUGUUGUCAGCAGGACUUUUAUCAUAUGUUCUGUUUCUUCAAACAGAUAAUAAAAGUAAAAAGCGCAAAAAGUCGUUCGUAUUUAAUAAGAUUAAAAGGGAAAAAAUACAAAAUCCUUCAUCUUCCUGUUCCAUACCAAAAGAGGUACCAUAUUUGGUGGUAGGAGCUGGUACAGCUGCAUUUUCAGCAUUUCGCUCAAUUAAAGCUAAUGACCCUACAGCCAAGGUAUUAAUGAUAACUAAUGAAGGAGAUUUACCUUAUAUGAGGCCUCCAUUAUCCAAAGAAAUUUGGUACAACAAAGAUGAAACUUUAAUAUCUAAAUUAAUAUUUAAGCAAUGGAAUGGAUCAAAAAGAAGUUUAUAUUACGAACCUCCUGAAUAUUAUAUGAAAGUUAAUGAUUUAGAAAAGUCAGAGAAAGGUGGUGUAGCAGUGGUAACUGGUUGGGAUGUGAAAAAAAUCGAUGCUACUAAUAGAGUUGCUUAUUUACAAGACGAUUACGAAAUUAAAUAUGACAAAUGUUUAAUUGCAACUGGUGCAUCACCCAAAAAUUUAUCUUUAUUUGAUUCAAUGAGCGAAGAGAUUAAAGAAAAAAUUAUUCUAUUCAGAACAAAAGACGAUUUUUUAGAAUUAAUGUAUAAUGUUAAAAAACCUGAUGUUAAGGAUAUACUUGUUAUUGGGGGAGGUUUUCUAGGAUCAGAGCUAUCGACUUCUCUAGUGCGAAAUCUUACGUCUAAUAACAAAAAUGUGUAUCAAGUUUUUAAAGAAAAAUAUAUAUUAUCACAAGUUUUACCUGAAUAUUUAAGUAAAUGGGCUACUGAGCAUAUAGAAGCUGAUGGUGUGAAAUGUGUGCCUAAUCUUGAAGUUCAUGAUUGCCGAAUGAAAAAUGGUCGACUGUCAGUUAUGCUCACGAAUGGUAAUGUUAUCGAAGUUGAUCAAAUUGUAGUAGCAAUAGGUGUACAAGCAAAUACGGCCUUAGCUAAGGAAUCUAAUUUGGAAGUUGAUUCUGAACAAGGUGGCUUCUUAGUUAAUGCUGAAUUAGAGGCCAGAAGUAAUUUGUGGGUAGCAGGUGAUGCUGCGUGCUUUUAUGAUGUUAAAUUAGGCAGAAGAAGAAUAGAACAUCACGAUAAUGCGGUUAUAUCAGGAAAAGUAGCUGGUGAAAACAUGGUCGGUGCAGGCAAACCGUAUCUGUAUCAAUCAAUGCUGUGGUGUGACCUUGGACAAGAAAUUGGAUUUGAAGCUAUUGGAAUCAUUGAUUCAAAUUUAGAAACUGUUGGAGUAUUUGCUAAAGCACCAAAGCCUGAAACCAAAUUACUCCCAGUGGCUGCUGAUGAAAAUUUAAAAGUAAAUAAAAAAGAAGUAAAAAAUACAAACAAUGUUUUGGUACAACGUAAUGAAGUAUAUUCAGAUGGGCAGAAUGUGAAAGAAGAACACGAAUCAGCAGAAGAUGAUUAUGGAAAAGGCGUUAUCUUUUAUUUGCGGAAUGAUACUGUUGUAGGCAUUGUCUUGUGGAAUAUUUUUAAUCGCAUGUCAAUUGCUAGACAGGUACUUGCAAGAGAAACAAAGAGCGAUGAAUUAAAUGAAGUCGUUAAGCUUUUUACCAUUCACGAAGAUUAAAGAAUUAAAAUAUUUAAAUAUGUUUUCGUAACAUUAUUGUUUUGUAUAUAUAUGAAAAUACUUUUGAUUAAGUUGAAAGACUUAAUCUGUAUUUGUACCACUAUUCCAAUUUCUUACAUCUUAUUCUGAUUGACAUUGAAUUCUUGGUAAAUUUUCAAGAAGUAUCAAUUGCUUAUAGUAUGAAAAAAUUGCAUUUAUUUUAACUGCUAAUCGUGGUAUUGUGAAUUUUAGCAGAAAAUAAAAAAAUUAAUUGCUAAAAAACAAA